CUAAGGUGGAUUCCACUUAUUGAUCGAUUCCUUUCUUUCUCUAUCUUUAAACAUCUCAAAUUAAACAAAGAUUUUCACUACAGUAGGGUUGCAUAUUAGCUUGUCUACUCAGUCAGGAAAUUUGUUCUAGUACUAUCGAUCACUACUGCCCCUAGUCGACCACCCCUCAUUCCUGCAAAUAUGUCUCCAACUGGAAUCGCCUUCCGAAAACAAGUCGAUACUCUUCUCAACGAGCUAUCAGACUGUAUCGCAUUUUGUAACCAGAUCAGAGAAACCCGUCGACUAGGUUCCAAGCACGAGAAUUUCGAUAAGCUUGAAGACUCCCUCCUCCACUCACAUACCACCCUUUCAAUUCAAUAUGAUACUCUACAGCGAUGCUUCGGGCACCGCAUGGCUGUAGGCGAUGAAGCAUCAGUUCAACCAAUGAACAAAUGUCUUCGAGCAGUAUCGUCUGAUGUAAAAAGAAAACUUUACGAGAUCGCCAACAAGACCACACAAACUGCCGGCUCCAGACAACUCCCCGGCUUCGGUGCUCUCCUUCAGCACUGGAAACUCAUCGAAGAAGACGCUUCCAACAUCAUAAUCGGCCUUUCCCAACGUCUAAUCAUCACUCCACCUGCAUCAACUCCCGUUCCAUCUCACACCCUGUCGCCAAAGCAAGAACCACAAAUCAGAUCCGAUCAGCAAGUUGUUUCCAAAGGUGAUUUCAACUUUCUACUCGGACAUAUGAAGAAUUCCUGGACAGAACGAUGGAGCAAUGAACAGUUGAUUUACGUCAAUUAUUAUGAUCAAAAUAAAAGAAGUUACGAAAAGCCGGAAGGAUUCAUCGAGGCAGUACCCGCAUCAUACACACCCGCGAGGCCGGAAAAUGUUACUAGAUCUAGACCAAACAACGGGGACUUGAAUGAAAGAGAAAGGAGGAGUUAUGCAUACGGAGGGUCGAAUCGACCACAGAAAGAAGAAUUCCAGACACGAUGAGAAGCGGGUUAUCAAAAGGUGCGGUUUCAGGGAUGAAUGGAAUAAGAUACUUCCAGACGGAAUGAAAUAUUGGUGUGGUUACGGUUACGGUUGCGGGAGGAUAUCCAGGUUUUGAUUUGGUAUUAGCAAGGAGUUUUUGGAGGACAACGCAGGACAAGGCCGCCAGUGAGCGCAUCGAGAAACAUCUUGGAGUCUAACAUUUAUUGCAAU